AAGCGCCAUUCAAGUGUGAAUGGAGUUCUCUUGGCAUUGAUGCUGCUGAUGUUUGUUUAGUGCUUCUCGGAGAUACGUUUCGUCGCGUUUUCUAUGUUGAAAAGCGUCACUUUGUUAACUGGAAGUUCGUGCUCAUUUCACUUGAACAAACCGCUUUAAAAAAAACUGAUCGUAAAAGACACAGAAAAUAUAUUCUUCAAAUCAUGGCGGGUAAUAAUUCUACCGAUAGCUCCACAAGUUCUCACGAGGACCAUGAAGUUCAUUCGUCGCCGUACGCCAUAUUAUUCAUCUUUUCGGUGUGUGCACUUGGGGCUGUUGUUCGUCAAGUGAUGAAAAAAUGGCCGAUUCCUUAUACCGUCGUCCUCAUUAUACUAGGAGCUUGUUUUGGAGCAAUUUCUGGAAACAUUGCUUCAGUUGAAGUGUAUACAUCCAUGGCCAGUAACGACCCACAUCUCAUCUUAACAACAUUCCUUCCAGUCCUACUAUUUGAGUCCGCUUUUGCAAUGGAUGUUCAUAUUUUCUACAAAUUAUUUUGGCAAAUUAUAGUCCUUGCAGUGUUUGGUUUGGCUAUUGCUACACUUCUGUCUGGUGUCAUGGCCAAUAUGGUAUUUUCUUACAACUGGACGUGGUUUCAAGCAUUGAUGUUUGGUGCAAUAAUAAGCGCAACAGAUCCAGUUGCAGUGGUGGCAUUACUUAAUGACUUAGGUGCAUCCAAGCAACUUGGGACAAUAAUUGAGGGUGAAUCUCUGUUGAAUGAUGGAAUGGCAAUAGUGUUGUACAAGAUUUUCUUCAACCUUUCAUUCAGUUCUAUGACAGCAACUGAGAUUGGUCUUUAUUUCCCACGUGUGGCAAUUGGUGGCUUUGUUUUUGGUCUUGUAGUUGGUAAAAUUACUGUAUUCUGGCUUCAACAUGUAUUCAAUGAUGCUCUAGUAGAAAUCACCAUAACACUUGCAUCAACAUAUCUAACUUUCUACAUYGGAGAAGAAGUAUUAGGCAUCUCUGGUGUGCUGGCUGUAGUGAUGCUUGGCAUAGAGAUCAACUCUCAGAAGUCAAGUAUCAGCCCUGAAGUUGAGGUYUUCCUACAUAGGUUCUGGGAGAUGCUUGCAUACCUUGCAAAUACUCUUAUCUUUACAAUGGUUGGAGUUGUUAUCAUGGAGAAAUCACUCAGUACUUUAGAGACUUAUGAUCUUUUCCUUAUUAUUGUGGACUACUUUGGAAUUACUGUCAUCAGAUCUCUUGUGAUUGCGUUUUUCUCUCCUAUACUGAUGAACAUAGGAUAUGGUUUUACAUGGCAGACAGCCGUAGUUGUUUCAUGGGGAGGUCUACGCGGUGCUGUUGGUCUUGCCUUGGCCUUACAGGUGUAUAUUGACCAUGCUGAAGUGGGAGAUAAGGUUCUGGUCCACACGGCUGGUAUAUGUCUGAUUACUUUACUGGUUAAUGCCACAACUAUGGAGAAACUCCUCGAUCUGAUGGGCAUGAGUGAGAUCUCCGACUCCAAGAAGAUUGCCAUGACAAAUGGUGUCCGAAGAGUCAAAGAAAGCAACACCAGCACUCUUACUAUGCUUAAAGCCGACCGUUUUUUAGCCGACGCAAACUGGACUCUUGCGCAAAAGUUCUGUGAUAUCAAAAACCCUUACGUUGAGCUUGACAGUGAUACUGAGUGUGACGACACAGAGACGUCAGUACUAGUACGUCAUAGCACGUGUCCAAACUGUGAAGCAAGCGUACCAAACGAGCCUUCUCCCAAAGAAUUCGCUGAAAUGGCUGAAGAUGGACGAAUUCGGAUGAUAAAAGCACAGAAGGUUAGCUACUGGAAGCAGUUUGAACAUGGCAUGCUAUCCCGUGAAGCAGURCAGUCUUUGAGUAACCUAGCGGACACAGUCUCAGACAUUCCCGAUAGAAUUAUCCUGGCAUCAGACCUUAGCUCAUAUUGGAGGGUACCGACAUAUCUUCAAAAACUGCGAGACAAGCUGGAGACUAUCAAGAAAUCUAAGGACUAUGAACUUGAUCGUUCACCAAAAAAUCGAAUCCAGUAUUUCUUCUACAUGGUUGCUAAGCAUGUCGCGUUUGACGCCAUGAUGAAUGUCAUCAUUUUAACCAACUUUAUUCCUCUCAUCCUCGAGCUGUCGGCUGAUGAUGAUGCUCCUUAYCUUGAUAUAUUGAGGACUGUUAACUACGUGUACUGUUCUAUUUACGUUUUGGAGGCUWUUUGGAAGACGUGUGCGUUCAGAACGCAUUACUUCAAAGACUAUUGGAAUCUGUUUGAUUUGUUCAUCGUCGUUGUGUCCCUGGUUGAUAUCAUUAUAGACCGAUUGACGGACAAUGGCACAGGUGGCUUUUCACCAUCUGUACUGAAAGUAGCGCGCGUUUUUCGCAUCUUGAGGAUUGGCAGGUUGCUCAGACUUAUUAGGCCGUUACUUCCCAAACUCAUCGAUAGUGUGGACAACUUUAUCAAUGGAAAACUCAGCUUUGGUUAUGACGUGGGGAARGGAUACAUWGUUGCUGAGGAAGAGGUUAACAAACUGAUAGAACACAUGGUGGUUGACAAGAGAAUCACACGCGAUUUGAAAGUUCGUUCAGAUCAGAACAGACUUGAUGUAGUAAAAAGUCUAGGUAUGUUGCAGCGUGAACACCCUGGAAUUGCAAUAUCCGUGAAAACAAGACAAGCAAUCAGAACGGUGCUUAACAAUGCACGUGACGUUGCUACUGAGCUUCGUGGUGGAGGACUACUCGAUGAAGCAGAGUUCAAAAARCUUGAAUCGAUUAUCGAAACAAAGAUGAAGAAACAGUUAAGCGCACCAUCAUACAUUCCACCCCAGACCCCCGAGACUUUACUGCGCAGCGUAGUUUGGCUGGAGGGAAUGGAUUCCGAGGUGAUUGAUGCCAUUACAUUUAUGGCGGAAAUGAGGGUGUUUGACUUUGGUGAAACUAUCUCAAGGCAGGGAGAUGAAGUCGAUGGAAUCUACCUUAUUAUUAGUGGCAUGGUCAAGAUGAUAGGAGUGUCUGUAGCAAAGUAUAAAGAGAGUGAAGACAUUGGAGACAUGAUCGUCACUACAGAUUACAUGACAGCUGGUAAUCUGAUUGGUGAAUUCAGUUUACUGACAGGCUCGGCAAGAACGUCGUCUUGUACUUGUGAGACAUCAGUACAGACGUACUUCCUUCCAAAAGAAAAAAUGCUUAAUACGUUAGAAGAACAUCCCGAACUAGCAAACAGAUUAUGGCGGGUGUGUGGUGUACGUAUCGCUGUCCCUCUUCUCAUGGACAUGUUGGCGUACCAUAAUUGGACCAAGGACAAGAUAAGAUUAAUGUGCGAACGAUCGUACCUCAUGAAAACACCUUCACCAAGCCCUCACGCGGUUUUCAAAAUUACCGCAAUGAUGCAAGAGGCAUUGCUUAUCCAAGGCCAUGUCACCUGCUCCGAGACGCGAGAGGUUUUCGAGGGGCCGGCAAUACUACCAAAGGCGUACAAAGUAUACAAACUCCAUUACGACAAAGAACCGAAGAUCCUUGUCAUCGUUCGAGUCAACGAAAAUCCUGUCGCGGAGGAUGUCGGUGAUACGCCCUCGGCGUUAGAUCUUGUAGGUCUAAACAGGACGCGAAGUAGAACUAGAACUCGGAGUUUGUUAUACGAGACUCMCAGUUCUCACAGCAGUCAGGAUAUCCAGUACAACAAACGCCACACGGCACCGGCCAUUUUUGAUAGCGGGAGACGACUUGAACCCUURCCAGAGACSCAAACUAGAAAAAUCAAYGUACUGACCGCUGCAAACGAAGCAGACGAGAUAGCUCAAGAGAAAACUAAUAAUGACACUUGAUUUUCGUUAUGUUAGUCUUUCUCAACAUUUUAAUGUGAUGUCUCUAAGCGAUUUCGAUCACAAAUCAAAUACAAAGUGUGAUCUUUGACUUUCCAUCAAAACUUUAGAACUUUUUACUUAUUUAUGCAUCCAUAUUCAGACACCACAUGUUUUUAAACUUGUAUAUAGCACAUGGGUUUGGUGAUUAAACUAAAUUUGUUAGAUGCA